CACAUUAAUUUUUGUGUUUUCUGUUAUUUCCCGCCAUCUCAGCUAUUUUCUAUUCUCCUCUUUAAAAUGUGGAAUAAUCAGGGAGGUUUCCAAGGGUAUGGUGAACAGUCACAAGGAGGGGGAGGAUAUAUGUCCCCAGGAUUUGGCACACCGAAAGCAGGUCAAGAUAAGAAGUCAGGAUACAGAGCACAGAAUCUGUUACCAGUUACAGUUGCUGAAGUAUUCAAUGCUAGUCAAUCUGAAGACAAAUUCUUCUCUGGAGAAAUAGAAAUUUCACAGAUUACUAUGGUUGGAUUAGUGACAUCAGUUAAAGAAUCUCCUACAAGAAUUGAUUAUGAAAUAGACGAUAUGACAGGUCCCCCUAUCAGUGUAAAACAGUUUGUUGAUAAUGAUGAAUCCCUUCCAGAUGGAGAGAGGGCACAACCUAUGAGAGAGAACACAUAUGUAAGAGUGUGUGGACAUGUGAGGUCAAUGGGAGGACAGAGAACAAUAGCUGCUUUCAGAAUGACACCUAUUAUGGAUAUGAAUGAACUAACAUACCACACAUUAGAAGUUGUACACAGUCAUCUUAUGUUGAAUAAAUUAUCGGGUGGAAGUGAAGGAGGAACGAGUUAUGGAAACAGUAUGCAGACAAAUAAUGAACAGAGUUAUGGAGAUAACACUGGUGGUGGGGGUGUGGUCAGUGGUUUGAGUUCUGUACAAAACCAGGUACAUAUGUUGAUAAGGAGUAACAAUACAGAACAAGGAGCUAAUAUAAAUGAUGUAUGUCAACAGUUACGAGGAGUACCAGAAAAAGCUAUUAGAGAUGCCAUUGAAUUUCUGAGUAGUGAAGGACAUAUAUACUCAACCAUAGAUGAAGAUCAUUAUAAGGCAACAGACAGCUGAACAGUUUCUUUGAUAAACUUUUACUCAAUAUUAUAUGUCCUCUGAGUUCAGCACAUGUGAAGAGUAUAUUUCAUGGAGGUGUUCAUAGUCAGACUUCAGACACAUGAGAAAAUUAUGAUCAUUUUACAUGUAUGUUGUAAAAUAUACAAAAUAUAUUAUUUUGAAUUAUAAGCCUUUACUCAAAACUGACAGUAGAUUUCAAAGUACAAUACAGUAUCAAUUUAUAUAAAAGCAAUUUCAAAAGAGAAGAAUUGAAUGGCACCAAUCCUUGUAUUCUUGAAUAAAUAUAUGAAUUUUUACUUUGUAGAAAAUGGGUCCAAAAGCCUUAUAUCUGAAACUGUGUAACAAAAUAAAUUAUUAUCAGUCCGUUUUUCUCUCCAAAAUCAUUAACAUGCAGACUACACAUUUAUUUAAUACCUUGCUUUGUGAAUUUAAAUUGCUGCCUAAAAACUUCACCUUGGAUGACAAUUGAAUAAAAAAGCUUUUGUCAGACCAUAUGAUACUGGUCAUGAUUGAUGUUUGCUUUGAAAGCUUUAGUUUUAAGGAAUUAUACCUCAUUCAAAUGGAAAAUUUACCAGAGUGGUGUUUCCUGGGGAAUAUCUUUUCCAAUUUUUGUCACACUUAAAUCAAAUGUCACUAAAUACAAGACAUAUAUAGCUAUGCUAAUCCAGGGAUCACAGCAUAAAACAUUUCAUACAGUAAAGAGUCAAACCUUAAUAAAUCCAUGUCAAAGGGAACUGUUCAACUUAUCCAAAGUUAUGAGUUGCAUUAUGUUCUCCCAUUUUACUAUUGUACCAGUUUCAAUUUAAGUCUCAAACAUAUUUUCUAACCAUCUGCAUCAAUAAUAGUGUUUGUUGUUCAAUCAGUAGAAACUUGCAACCAAUGAUUGGUUUUGAUUGUUUAAGCCAAACCAAAACGUCUCAAUUAUGUAAUCAGUUUUGUUUUAAAGAGCCAACAUAUAAAUGAAUGACAUUCUCAAUAUGCUACAUAACAAAUAUUAAGUAAUGCUUUUAAGUUCAAUAAUUUAAUUUUGGAUGUAACACGUCUUCUGAUUGGCUGAAAGUAUUUAGUCUAUAGGCUCAUAGACAUAAUUUUGUCAUGUGACUGACUUCAUCAACGUUUUUUCAUGAUUUACUCCUUAAAAAUGGAGUUUAAAAUUUAAUAAUAAGGAACGACUAAUAUUUUUUUCUGUCUAUUCGAAAUAACCUAAAAAAUGUGGUGCACACUUUUAAAUAACUGGAUUACAGUAAUUCCUUAAAUGAAUAUGCAACAAAACAUCUGAAGUGGAACUUAGAAAUAUACUAGAGUAAAUGAAGAUUUUCAUAUCCACCAAGUUCAUUAGACUUAAAAAUGUUUUUGACAAAGAGGAAUUUAACAGGGACUGGCAGAAUACUAACUUUAUUCACAUGUAUUUCAGAAAACAAAAGAGUUUCAAAACGAUCUCUUGUAGUUCAGUUCCUUGUUAACAAAAUGUUAAUAUUCAUUGGUCUAUAAAACCAUUUUCAGGGUACCCAAUAGUCUGGCGUGCGAUUGCUACCUCAUUUUCUAUGUGAACACCUUCAUGGUCUCAAGGUAGGAUGAAAGCCUCAAGUCUAGAAAGUUUCAAUUCUAUACUCAGCUCUGUCAUAAUUCAAAAUUAGUAUUUGCUUCAUAUUACCCAAACAAAUAUCACCAAAGACUGGAGUUCAGAAUCAAAAUGUUGUGUUCCAGUAUGGUGACAUGUCUUGAUGCUGACUGCUUGUGAGAUAGCACUUCAAAAUAUCUGACUCGUGAUUUUGCUCCAGUACAAAGCAGAGAAGAUAAACAUAACAUUAACUUGUUGUUUAGAUUUCCAAAUUUCAGUUUUUUGUCGUCUGUUAGUGAUCUAAUAUAUACUUUAAAGUGU